AUGGGUCAAUGGAUACAUGUGGCUGUGGUAGCAGCCUCAGUGGGAUGUGUUUCAACCCUUUUGUUGGUUUUUUUGUGGCGUUUGUGUCAUCACAGAAAACAUAAUCACAGAAACUUUGUUGAACCCAAUAGUUUGACCAGAAUGGAUAGUCUUCAAGCUGGAAUUGCAAGGCUUCAUCACCAACCUACAAUCUAUCAACAAUUUGAUCAGAAGAACAAGAAAAAAGGCAAUUUGUAUGUGUUUCAUAAUGGGGUCUCUGGAAGAAAACAUCUAUUUAAUUGGGCUGAUCAUCCAUACCUUGCUGCUGAUGCUGUAGAAAAUGGUUGGUGUAGAUUUGCUUUUACUAACUACAAGAGCAACAUGCCAACUCCUUCAAAGAAAUCAACCCUUUUAGGAGUGUGUGCUGCUGGUGAAUAUGGAAGAGAAUCUGAGGCUGAGAUAAGCUGGGAAGUGUGUCAGGGAUCAGCUGAAUAUGUGCAGAAGAUUAGGCUCAAUCCUGGGUUGAAAAGGGUUCUUCACACAAACAACUCUUCCAUGAGUGUUGCUUCUGUCAUUAGGACUGCUCUGCCACUACCUGGCCCUCCUUUGGGAAACUAUGCCUUCCCACAAGAGGCCUAUUUUGAAAUCACCAUAUUGUGCUAUCUUGCUAAUGAUCAUGAAUUGGUUGGAAAGAGAGAAGGGGAGAAGACAAAACUGCUCAUUGAAGAUAGUUCAAAUGGAAAAGGUGAUUUGGGCAUAGUUGAAGAAACAAAACUUGGUAAAGAGGGUAGUGGAAAGAGUGGAUCUGUAAUGUUUUCAUUGGGGUUGACAGCAGGAGGGGCUGUUCCUUUGAGAGUUCCAGGGAGCUACCCUAGGAGCAUUGGGUUCAAUUCCAAUGGUUCUGUCUUUCUUGAAGGAAUGAAACUUGUGUUGGAGUCAGAGAAGGCACAAUGGGUAGGAGCUGAUAGGGUAGUUGGGUGUGGGUAUGAUCCAAGGCAGAAAAAGGUUUUCUUCACUUUGGACUCAGAAUUGGUGCAUGUGAUCCACUGCCAAUCAGAGGAAUUUGGCACUCCACUUUGUCCAACGCUGGCUGCAAACGUAGACAUUGUGGUUUUAGUUAAUUUUGGACAAAGUGCAUUCAAAUACGCACCUGCAAAUGCACAAAGAACACCAAAUCCAUGUUUCAUAGCCCCACUUGUAAACUCCCCUGCUGCUACCAUUGGUUAUGAUGACAGCAAGGAGUUGUUCUCAAUGGGAAGGAUUGAUUCUCAGUGGCUUAAUCGAUCUGCAAUAAAAGGAAACCACAACAAUGGGACUAAUAAUAACCAUGCCUUCGAUUUUGAUGAGGAGUCUGAGGCUGAUCUAUUUGAAAUAGUCUUGGAUGGUUCAGAAAAAUCUCCACACACACUUUCAUAG